CUUUAUUGCAUGAACGGAGUAAUGCAUCUACAGAACUUUUUCAACAAAAGCCCAAAAAUUACACUUUCCUGACACCAGAUAUAGUCAGAAAUUACAUUUAAGUGACAUUUGACGCUGUACGAAUAUCUGGGACAAAGGUGAACAAUUUGAUUGGCAGGUCACGUGGUAAAGCGGCUAAACUUGCGAAAGCCCUCCUAUCAAGAUGGCGUCGAAGAAGUUGCAGGCGCAGCAGCAGGAUGAUACUGAGAGGUCCGACAGUUACCGCUUUGCUGUCAAGCAGGCGGAUGCUGAGAAGGACCCGACUGCGCUCAGCACCUCUGGCAAGAGCGGGAAGAAGAAAGGGAAGAAGGGGAAGAAGCAGGACAUGGAGGAACUGAAGCAGGAAUUGGAGAUGGAUGAACACAGGAUAUCCAUAGAAGAGCUAUAUGACAGGCUAGGUGCAGAUCCAAACAAUGGUCACACUUCUGAACGUGCCAAGGAGUACCUGGAGCGUGACGGCCCCAAUGAGCUGUCUCCCCCCAAGACUACCCCGGAGUGGGUGAAGUUCUGUAAGCAGCUGUUUGGAGGGUUCGCCCUGCUGCUGUGGAUUGGAGCCAUUCUGUGUUUUAUUGCCUACUCCAUCCAGAGCACACAGUAUGACAUACCACCUGGAGAUAACUUGUAUCUAGGUAUAGUGUUGACGGCCGUGGUGCUGGUCACAGGCUGCUUCUCCUACUACCAGGAGGCCAAGAGCGCCAGGAUCAUGGACUCCUUCAAAGAAAUGAUACCUCAGUAUGCUCUGGUGAAGCGUGACGGUCAGCUGAUAGAAGUUCGCGCCGAGACCUUGGUUGUUGGUGACAUCAUUGAGGUGAAGUUUGGGGACAGGGUUCCCGCAGAUAUUCGGGUUAUCAAGGCGCAUGGAUUCAAGGUGGACAACUCCUCCCUGACAGGAGAGUCUGAGCCUCAGACCAGACUGCCAGAAUUCACCAGCGAGAACCCUUUGGAAACUAGGAACCUGGCCUUCUUCUCCACCAAUGCCGUGGAAGGCACCUGCACUGGUAUUGUUGUCUCCAUUGGUGACCGCACUGUCAUGGGACGUAUUGCCAACCUGGCCUCUGGACUGGAGAUGGGAGAGACCCCCAUUGCCCGCGAGAUCGAGCAUUUCAUCCACAUCAUCACCGGUGUGGCGGUCUUCCUCGGAGUCUCCUUCUUCAUCAUUGCUUUCAUCUUGGGCUACUACUGGCUGGACGCUGUGAUCUUCCUCAUUGGUAUCAUUGUGGCCAACGUGCCAGAAGGACUCCUGGCUACUGUUACGGUGUGCCUGACACUGACAGCUAAGCGUAUGGCCAAUAAGAACUGCCUUGUGAAGAACCUGGAAGCCGUGGAAACCCUGGGCUCCACCUCCACCAUCUGCUCCGACAAGACUGGUACGCUGACCCAGAACAGGAUGACUGUGGCCCACAUGUGGUUUGAUGACAGGAUUGUGGAGGCCGACACCAGCGAUGACCAGUCCAGCGCCACCUACAACAAAGACACCCCAACUUGGACGUCCCUCAGCAGAGUGGCCAUGUUGUGUAACAGAGCAUCUUUCAAGGUUGGAGAGGAGGAGAAACCUGUGCUGAAGAGAGAAUGUAAUGGCGAUGCCUCCGAGUCUGCCCUGCUGAAGUGUGUGGAACUGUCCGUUGGAGGAGUGACGGAGUUCAGAGAGAAGAACCCAAAAGUUUGCGAGAUUCCCUUCAACUCUUCCAACAAGUACCAGGUGUCAAUCCACGAGACCUCUGACCCAGAUGAUCCUCGCUACAUACUGGUGAUGAAGGGAGCUCCUGAGCGUAUCCUGGACCGCUGCACUACCAUCAUGAUCAACGGUGAAGAAGUACCCUUGGACGACCAGAAGAAAGAAGACUUCAACCAGGCUUACCUGGAGUUGGGAGGUCUGGGAGAAAGAGUUCUCGGUUUCUGUGACUACUUUUUGCCAGGCGACAAGUUCCCACCAGGGUAUGCAUUUGACAGCGAUGACCCCAACUUCCCCCUGACUGGCCUGCGUUUCAUUGGCCUCAUGUCCAUGAUUGAUCCCCCACGUGCAGCCGUGCCAGACGCCGUAGGAAAGUGCCGUAGUGCUGGUAUUAAGGUUAUCAUGGUGACAGGUGACCAUCCUAUCACAGCCAAGGCCAUCGCCAAGGGUGUCGGUAUCAUCUCUGAAGGCAACGAGACUGUGGAAGACAUUGCAGCACGUGAAGGAAUCCCAGUCAGUGAGGUGGACCCAAGCCGUGCCAAGGCCUGUGUCGUCCAUGGUAUGGACCUGAGAGACAUGACCCCAUUCCAGAUCGACGAGAUCCUGCGCAACCACACGGAGAUUGUGUUUGCCCGUACCUCACCCCAGCAGAAGCUGAUCAUUGUGGAAGGUUGUCAGCGCCAAGGCGCCAUUGUGGCCGUGACAGGGGAUGGUGUCAACGACUCUCCCGCCCUGAAGAAGGCUGAUAUUGGUGUUGCCAUGGGUAUUGCCGGCAGUGACGUCAGUAAGCAGGCCGCUGACAUGGUUCUGCUGGACGACAACUUUGCCUCCAUUGUCACAGGCGUGGAGGAAGGAAGACUGAUCUUUGACAACUUGAAGAAGUCCAUCGCAUACACUCUAACCUCUAACAUUCCCGAGAUCACCCCCUUCCUGUUCUUCAUCUGUUUGGAUAUCCCUCUACCUCUGGGUACUAUUACCAUCCUGUGUAUUGACUUGGGUACUGACAUGGUGCCAGCUAUCUCCCUUGCCUACGAGAAAGCAGAGAGUGACAUCAUGAAACGUCAGCCUCGUGAUCCCAAGCACGACAAGCUUGUCAACCAGAGGUUGAUCAGUAUGGCCUAUGGUCAGAUUGGUAUGAUGCAGGCCUCAGCUGGCUUCUUCACCUACUUUGUCAUCAUGGGAGAGAAUGGGUUCUGGCCCAACCACCUGAUUGGCAUCCGUAAGGAGUGGGACUCCAAGAGCAUCAACGACCUGGAGGACUCCUAUGGACAGGAGUGGACCUACGCCCAGAGGAAGAUGCUGGAGUACACGUGCCACACUGCUUUCUUCAUCACCAUUGUCAUAGUGCAGUGGGCUGAUCUGAUCAUCUGUAAAACCAGGAGAAACUCCAUCGUGGAACAAGGCAUGAGCAACCACUACAUGACGUUUGCCCUUUUCUUCGAGACCUGCCUCGCCGCUUUCCUCAGCUAUUGUCCGGGUUUAGACAAGGGUUUACGCAUGUUCCCCCUUCGCUUCAUGUGGUGGCUCCCAGCAUUCCCUUUCAGCGCCGCCAUCUGGAUCUACGACGAAGCUCGUCGUUUUUUCAUGCGUCGAAGCCCAGGGGGAUUCAUAGAACAAGAAACCUACUACUAGAACGGAGACGCAACGUUCAGAGUGCACAGUACACACCAAGAGCUACUUACACUAACAAUUAUUAUAGUAUAAUAGACUGCAGAAAUACAAUUUCCUCCAAUCAGGGGGAGGAUGAUACUACACCAGAUUUGGAUUUGAAUUUACAUAUUAAUGGCUAUAAACAGUUACUGUCAGAGAUUGCCAGGUGUCCUAUACCCUGUGUAGACAAAGUCAUCUCUCACAUUGGAGCACACCUGUCUGAUAUCUGCUGGGCUUACGCAGCCUCCGUGUGGUGGGUCUUAGCCAGUGUUUCUAGACGGCUGCUCUCCAGUGUUAGAGAACAGUAUGCACAUGUCAGGAAAAUCGUUCAUCGGUACUUUCACUUGAUUGCAAUUACACUGUUAACAUCUCUGGUUCAUUUGGCUACCUUCUUCAAUUUUCACAGUUUACCUAUUCUGCAGUUAAGUCCCAUGUAUUUUCUGAAUUCAACUUUUUCUUAUUUUCUGAAUCUAACUUUUUCUAAGGUUUCUGUUCACAUGAAGAAUUUCCAGUACGAUAAUGUUCUUCCUCUUGUUUCUUCUUUGUGCGACCAUUAUAUCCACUGUAUUUUGAUUGGCCGCUUUGACAAAGUGUCCUAACCUUUGAGCCCUUGGCAGACGAGGAACACAUCAGUCCCACAGAUGACAUGGUUUUAAUGCACUGUUGACGAUCUACUUAGACUUAAGAGUGCACAACUGUGAGCUCAUGUUGAACUGUCAUUCUCACGGUGACAUCUAUAUUUCAUUCAAGACGUCAAUUGGACUGAGUACUACCUCUGUCUGCCAAGGGCAUGACCCCGUGUGUUGUUGUUGUAGACAUUAUUAGACAUUAUAGGACCAUACUAAUCCUCUCGAAUGAAUGUCUACUCUGUACUGAAUAGAAGUAGGAAUAACAACCAAGUUUGUUAACUGUCUGUUAAUCAAAUAUAAGCCGUGCUGAUGAAAGGCAGAUUGUGUGUUGUGAUGCAUUUAAGUCUCUUUUGUUAAUGAUAUUCACUUAUAUGAACUUAUAAAGCUCUUGCACACCAGAGAUCACAAGUAGAACAGCUGUUUAGAGUAAGAGGAGUGAAUUAAUGACUAUCUUGAGGAUUGAAUAGGAGGAAAGUGCUCUGUGUAUUACUCUUUUUCUCCCCGGUGUGAUUUGGACUUAUUUGAUAGAAUAGUUAAUUACAAAAUUAUACAUUGAUUUGCCAGAGUUGAAAUGGAAUUAUAAAAUAGGGUUGAGUACAAGGAGAUGUUGGAUUUGGCAUGGAUUUGUUUUAUGAGAAAGAGAAGACCAUUCUAACUCUUCCAAGCAUAAACAGCCACAAGGGCCCAAAUUGCCAAAACGUGUAGCCAUUAAAUGAACAAUCCACACGUUUAACUGACAAGAUUAGGAAAUCAUCUGUUGGAUGUGCUUUUAAGGUGCCCAACCCAGUUCACUCUUUGCUAAACUGACAUUUGUGAGGCUUCCUCAUCAAGUGUGGUAUGGCGUCUAUUUGACUGUAAAUUCCCUCGAUGCUGCUUGUACUGCAGGGUUUGGAGAAUUUGCAACUGUUGUCCAUUUCUAAUGUGGAGUCUGAUUUACUUGUUUUGUGUACAGGGAACUUGAAAAGUCUGUGCAUCAUUGAAAGGAAUGAGUGUUAAAAUGUUGUGGACACGCACACAGAAAAUUGGAACUGGCUUAGCUCUGGUUUGCUUUUUAGACAUUCUAUCAAUGCAACAUUGUAAUCUGAGUGGUGAUGAUGCAAAGACUUUUGGAGACCCUGUUCAUUUGCAGGUUUUGUGAAGUUUGUAGAUAUGGUUUAUAUUCAUGUUAUGGUCCUACUUUUUGGAUGUAAUUGUUUGAUGAAGGUUAUUAUUUAAGAUGUAUUUCAAUGUUGCAAUGUUUUACUAGUUAUUUCCUUGCCAAUGGCGUUGAGUCAGACAUAUUUGUGAGAUCCAUUUUACAUAUUAUGGAUAGGCCAAUAAGGGAUCUUUUUUUGGAAGUUUUCCUGUAUGAAAGCUGUGGCCCAUUGUGCAUAUGAAUGUAUUAAAUAUUAACCAUAAUUAUACUCAACCAUGAUUAUACUAAUGGUGCACCCCUCAAGUGUUGAAAUGGACUCUUCCUUGUUCCAUGGAUUAAUGGCAAGACGUAGUCCUUUGACAUAAAGAAGGGAAUGGUUGCCCAGUAAUGGAAGUGAUAGCAGAGAUUAUAUCCAUUUCGACUAAUCAACAGUUAUACAUUUGUAGUUCUAACAGCCUGGCAUUGUUACUUGCAUUUAUGAUGUACAUGUAUGUAUUUCGUGACAGAAUUAGAGAUGAUUAAAUUUUCUUUUCA